GUGAAAGAGAGGAAGAAAAAUCGGCAAAAAUUCCAACGUAGAAUCAAGUCACAAAGGCACAAGGCUCUGGCACACAGUUCUGACCUCUGCCAUCCCAGUUGCUGACCAGACACGUCCCAACCUUACCCGUCUUCAGAGAACACUCCUUUCCAUUCGACGGAAUGAUAGAACCCUCUGAAGACUCAUUUGAGACGAUGAUGGAGCGUAAGAAUCCAUCAUCAAAACAAAUGGAGUCCUCCGAGGGCUCAUCCAAUACCACCGUGGAGACACCAGGCGGCGGAGCACUGGAGGCGGUGGGGCUGGCCAGCGGCCCCGCCCAGGAAGCGGAAGAAGAGCUGCCCAUUGACCUCCUCCAAGACAUGGAGGAGCCAUCCAGUGGCCCACAUAGGGAAAUAAAGGAUCCACCCAAUGACCUACUCCAAGACCUGGAGGAGUCACUCGAGGGUUCACAUCUGGAAGUGGGGGGUCCUUUCGGUGAGGCACCUGGUAGAAUGGGAGAAGCAUCAGUCAACCCAUGGGGGGACCAGGAAGAGAAAGAUGACGACACUGACCUGGCAGGGUCAGGAGAAGAGGAGCAGCCAGAGGAGCAGACGGAGAGCUCGAUGGCGGAAAUCAUGGCCAUGGUGAGGUCCAUCAUCUCUCUGCACUUCCGGAUGCAGGACCUCCGAGAGCAGCAGAGGGUGGCGGAGGAGAUCCUGACGGAGGGCAUCAGCGCUGGCCAACUGCCAAUCCCAACCAAGUUCUCGGGCGAUCGCCGAGAAUACCACGAAUUCAUCGUGCUCUGCCAACUGAUCUUACAGAGCUACCCAAGAACGUUCUACAGCGACCGCCUGCGAGUGGGGUACAUCAUCUGCCAUCUCUCAGGCAUGGCCUUGGAAUGGGCCAGAAACCUGGUGCAGGCGGGGAGCCCCCUGAUCAACGACUUCCCGGCCUUCCUGGAGGCCAUGUCAGAUAUGUUCGAGUACCGCCAGGCCCAGCGCGUGGCACAAGAGGCCAUGCUGAGCAUCAGGCAGGGGGACCGCACCGCCGUCCAAUACAUCAACGAGUUCCGCGGCCUGGUACCCACCUUGGGCUGGCCAGACGAGGUGCUGCAGGCCCACCUGUGUCAGGGGCUCAAGGAGGAGAUCAGGCACUAUCUGUUCCGCGUCCCUCAGCCAGAUUCGCUGGAGAGCCUGAUCGUGCUGGUCCUGCAAAUAGAAGAGAAGCUGGCGGAGAGAAGGGCGAUGCUGCGGCUGCCCCCGGAGGCCCGCCCGCGGAACCUGACCUGGAUCGACUCACCUGCCCCGGAGAGGUGGAUGGUGAGCAGCUGGCUGCCUCGCGAGGUCCACCCCACCAUCGACCGCGACCACCUCUUCCUGCUGCUCAUGGUCAGAGUCAACCCCUACCACAGCGUGGCGGUCCAGGCCCUGGUGGACUCAGGGGCGGGCGCCAACCUCAUGGACGCGCGGUUCGCCCAAGAGCACUACGUGGAACUCUAUGAGAAGCCCUGCCCACAGCCGGCCCAGCCCGUGGGCGGCUCACUGGUCGGCGACGAGCCUGUCUGGCUGCACACCGAGCCCCUGGUGUGCGUCCACCAGGACCACCAGGAGGCCCUCGAAUUCGACGUCGUUCCUUCGCCCAACUUCUCUGUGAUACUAGGCAUCAACUGGCUCCGAGUCCACACCCCCGAGGUCGACUGGGCCAAAGGCCGCUGCACCUUCCACUCGCCCUACUGCCUGAAGAACUGCCUCCGCCCGCCCCCGCCGUGCUCCGCGCUGGGGAGACAUGCCGUCAGCCCGCUGCCCGGCUUGCCGCCGCUCUACUCCGACCUGGCCGACGUGUUCAACCCGAAGGAAGCGGACGAUGAGACUUCCGACCAGCCAAGCUCAGACGGAUCCGAUGAUCUUUCUGAAUCAGAGCCCUCUGAGCUUCAGCAGGCUGGAGACAGUGAUCACAGCGAGACCUUUCAGGAGUGUCCCUCUGCUGCGCCGUGGGAACCCGUGGGUGCCGGGAGGCAAGGAGCCAGGCUGCGGGAUGAGUACUGGGACCCGCAGGACAUGCUGACCAGCAGGCAGGACUACAUACAGACGAUUCCAGAGCUAUUCGACCAGCUACACGGAGCCACGUGGUUCACGAAGCUGGAACUGCGUGGGACCAUCGUGGACGAAAGCAUGAACUUACACCAAGCAGAAGACGUGUGGAAAGCGGCAUUCGGGCUGGAGCUCCAAGACAUGACGAGCUACCAGCCCUUUCUGAUCUGCGCAGACCCCAUCAUUCCCCAGAGCGUGAUUCACUUCAUCCUGAAGGACAUGCUAGGUUACUUUGUGCUGUCCUACGGGCAGGACGUCCUAGUCUACUCAAUGAGCCAGGAGGAGCACCUGCAGCACGUCCGCCAAGUCCUGGUCCGCUUCCGGUAUCACCACGUGUACUGCUCCCUGGACAGGAGCCAGUUCCACCGACACACUGCCGAGUUCCUGGGGUUCGUCCUGACGCCCAAAGGGGUGCAACUAAACAAGAGUAUUGUGACCACUGUCACGGGCUACCCUGUCCCUGGCUCUAAGAAGUCCCUGCGACACCUAAUGGAAUUCGCCUUGCCGUACCGGCACUUCGUGGACCGUUUCGCCGUCAUCACAGAGCCGCUGCUGCGCCAGCUGCUGCCCGACCAACCGUUCCACUGGGGAGACGAGGAGCAGGAGGCCUUCAAGCGUCUGAAGCAGGCUUUCCGCAAGGCGCCCCUCCUCCACCACCCCAAGCCCCAGAACCCGUUCUACUUGGAAGCAGGCGUCACCCAGAAGUCUCUGCACGCCUCCCUGAUCCAAGUAGAUGACCAAACCGGCAAGAGAGUCUCCUGCGCCUUCUACUCGCGCAACAUCUCCCCUCUCGAGGUCGAGUCCUCGCAAGUGGAGAUGAAGAUCCUUCCGAUUCGGGCUGCCUUCCUGGUGUGGUGCCGCUACCUGGAGAACACCGAGAAGCCCGUCGUGGUCCUUCUCAGCGCGGAGGACCUCGCCUCUCUGAACAACGACGGGCUCACCGUGCUUCUCCCCGGGCACUGGGUCUUCUUCUUCUCCCACUUCAACUUCGAUGUCAUGCAGCGGCCGGGAGCCACUGGCGGCCGCCCCCGGCCGCCCGGACGGAACCGCCGCCAGAGGGCUUUCCAGCGCCACACUGCCACGUGGCCAGCCAUGCUUUUCACUACUGGAGGGUCCCCCGGGGACCUAUCCCCAGAAUCCGGGGAAGAAGAGGAGAAUGAAGGUGCGCCUCCCCAGGACAAGUCAAACAGGCAGAACCUCCAGCAAGAGCUUCUGGCUCUGAUACCAGCGGACCAAAUACUCAACAGCUUCCUUGCGCACUUCAGCAUGGCCCAGAUCAGGGCGGUCAUCCUGCAUUUCUUCCGAGGCCUCCUGUUCUGGAAGAACACCCUGGCCGUGGCCGCCCUCCUCGUGCUGCUGCAGAUCAGGCGGCCCCUCGCACUGCUGCCCGCGCCCACCCUGGAUGUGGCCCGGCCACCACCAAGGCGCUCCCUGUGCCUCAUCCUGGACUUGUCCCUCAUCACCGACAGCGGCCUCGCCACCGCCAUGGUCCAGCUGCUCACCCAGAUGCCCCUGCUCGUGGGCGCCAACGCCAUCCCGGCCGAGGAGCUGGCCCAGCUUUUCCUGGACCCUGACCAGUGGCAGCACCACGCCCUGCUCCCCCAGACCACCCGGGGCCUGCCAUUCAUACUCUGGUUCUGGCUGAUGCUAUGUGAGUUCUUUGGGGUCAGGGUCAUCCCCGGCGAGGGGACCCGCCCACGCCAGAACCACCCCCUGGAGCUGCACGUCGUGGAGGAUGAGGAUGUCGUCUUGCGAGAAGCCCUGCAAGACGACCUGCAACGUUACCGUCAGUGUGGCCUGCAUGACGGCCUGCAAGACACCUCGCAGGACGAGCAGAACGACGUGCAGGAGGCCCUGAGCCCCGCCCCGUGCAUCCACACCGACAUGGCCAUCACCCUCCGGCCCUGCCGGCACCUCCCCACUGACCCUGACGUCCUCAGCCUCCUGAGCGACACCCUGCUCUACAUGCGCAGCGCCCAAGGCCAGUCCAUCCUUAUCAACCGGGAGCUGGUGGCCAGGACCCUGAGCCGCUUCCUGACCGUCAUCUACAUCCAGGUCCCACCCGCCACCAGCUGGGCGAGCCCACCCAGGGAAGAAGCCACCCUGGAGGAGCUGCCCAGCAACGUGGACGACGUGGACGACACGGAUGACGUGGACGACGUGGACGACACAGAUGACGUGGACGAUGUGGACGAGGAGGACGAUGUGGACGACGAGGACGACGUGGACGAUGUGGAUGACUGUGACUACGACAAUGGUGACGAAGACUCGGACUUCGACUAAAAACACCUCCGCUCCUGGAGCCGCCGCCCCUGGACCCUCCUUCCGGGCUUCCCGCGCCUCAGCCUGCUUCGCUCAGACCCUGCGCCCCCUUCCUGCCACUCCUGAUCCAGGGGGAACCACUUGAGAAGGGCAAGCAACGUCUUCAACUCAUCAGCCAGCAGCAGCAUCUGCGCCAAUGGACUAUCCAGCCACAGAGACCCAGAGCAGGCUCAGGGUCCACAAUCCCAUCUUAACUCUCCAGGUGCCAUGUCCGGAACUGGGAGUGAGAUCGGUGAGAGGAGGGAGCAGUGAUGAGCAAGGAAUGACCCCAUGACCCCAGGCCAGGUGAGGAAUCAGCACAGCAGACCCAGCCAAGCAAGCAGAUGCCAGGGACCCGCCCCCGCCCCCACCCCCGGAGUGACGAGUGGCCACCUUGGGCCACUCUGGGACACUGAUCUCGGGUGCUCCACUGACUUCUACCUCCACCACCGGUGCUCCUGCUUCCCUGGGCCUGACCCCCGCCCCCCGCAUCUCCUGGUGUGCUGUGGUGCCUCCCUCAUCCCCAUCUCCCUGCAAAGCAGCGCCCCCUACUGUCUGGCCCAGCUCCCUCAAUGCUGACCCUGCCUGACCCUGAGCUCUGGCUCUUACCUGGGUGGAGCUGCACCACGGAAGGUCCCAACACACCAGUGCUUACUGGACUCAGGAGUCCCCAUGACUCCUGGGACCCUGAGGAAGUGAGCUCACUUGGCGGGGCUCCCUCCUCCCAACACUGACAGCACAGGGGCCCAGAGGCCCACCACCAGGGGAGGGGGCUCCGAGAGAGACUGAGGAAGGCCCAGGACCCUCAGCGGACUGUGCUGAGUAGCUGCCAGCGCUCCUGCCAGACCACUGCUCUCUGCCACAGGACAGAGACCCUUCUCCCCUUUCCCACCGCCUCACCUUUUUCCACCCCCAAAAUAAAGCAGAAAA